GAGGGUGAGGUGGAGAGCCGCUGAUCCACCGGUAUCAUGGCUUCCUAACAGGAGGGGGAAGUGAUUGAGAGGAAAACAAGGAUCUUUUUUGAAAGUCCGACAGAUAAUCGACCCUUCAAGAACCUCAGAUUGGGACUGAGGGGCUCGGCCUCCCUUUUCGCCCCCCACGGCCGCCCCUAGGAUCAAGGAUAUCCUGAUAUUUUUAUUGGUGAAUUUCCAUUCGUAAACCGUGAAGAUGGCCGACCCGGCGGAGUGCACCAUCAAAGUGAUGUGCCGUUUUAGGCCCUUGAACAGCUCCGAGGUGACCAGAGGCGACAGAUACAUUCCCAAGUUUCAGGGGGAAGACACUUGUGUUAUCGCGGGCAAACCGUACAUGUUCGACAGAGUCUUUCAGUCAAAUACAACACAGGAACAAGUGUACAACGCCUGUGCCCAAAAGAUUGUAAAAGAUGUUCUUGAGGGAUACAAUGGAACAAUUUUUGCAUACGGGCAGACGUCAUCUGGCAAAACACACACCAUGGAGGGAAAUCUCCAUGACACAGAUUCAAUGGGCAUCAUCCCCAGGAUAGUGCAAGAUAUCUUCAACUAUAUCUAUUCCAUGGAUGAAAACCUGGAGUUUCAUAUCAAAGUUUCAUAUUUUGAAAUUUACUUAGACAAGAUCCGGGACCUCUUGGAUGUGUCAAAGACCAAUUUGUCUGUGCAUGAAGAUAAAAACAGAGUACCUUACGUCAAGGGCUGCACUGAGAGAUUUGUCUGUAGUCCAGAGGAGGUCAUGGACACGAUUGAUGAAGGCAAAUCAAACAGACAUGUAGCAGUUACAAACAUGAAUGAGCACAGCUCCAGGAGUCACAGUAUUUUCCUGAUAAACGUCAAACAGGAGAACACUCAGACAGAGCAGAAGCUCAGCGGCAAGCUUUACCUGGUGGAUCUGGCUGGAAGUGAAAAGGUCAGUAAAACAGGAGCAGAGGGAGCUGUGCUGGAUGAAGCCAAGAACAUCAACAAGUCACUGUCGUCCCUGGGAAAUGUCAUCUCUGCUCUGGCUGAAGGAUCGGUCUACAUCCCAUACCGAGACAGCAAGAUGACCCGUAUCCUGCAGGAUUCACUGGGUGGUAACUGUCGAACCACGAUUGUCAUCUGCUGCUCACCUUCCUCCUAUAAUGAGGCUGAAACCAAAUCCACCCUCAUGUUCGGACAAAGAGCAAAGACCAUCAAGAACACUGUCACUGUGAACAUCGAGCUUACAGCAGAGCAGUGGAAACAGAAGUACGAGAGGGAGAAGGAGAAGAAUAAGACCCUGAGGAACACCAUCACCUGGCUGGAGAAUGAGCUCAACCGCUGGAGGAAUGGUGAGAGCGUGCCAGUGGAGGAGCAGUUUGACAAAGAGAAGGCCAAUGCAGAGGUUUUGGCUCUUGACAACAUACUCAACGACAAGCCUGCCUCCACGCCCAACAUGCCGGGUGUUCGUCUCACCGAUGUGGAGAAGGACAAGUGUGAAGCUGAGCUGGCCAAGCUUUACAAACAGCUCGAUGAUAAGGACGAGGAAAUCAACCAGCAGAGCCAGCUGGCUGAGAAGUUGAAGCAGCAGAUGCUAGAUCAGGAGGAGCUUUUAGCCUCUUCUCGCCGUGAUCACGAAAACCUCCAAGCCGAGCUCAACCGCCUGCAGGCAGAGAACGAGGCCUCCAAGGACGAGGUGAAGGAGGUGCUGCAGGCGCUGGAGGAGCUUGCCGUCAACUAUGACCAGAAGAGCCAGGAGGUGGAGGAUAAGACCAAGGAGUUUGAGACCAUCAGCGAGGAGCUGAGCCAGAAAUCGUCCAUCCUGUCAUCUCUGGACUCUGAGCUCCAGAAACUGAAGGAGAUGUCCAACCACCAGAAGAAGAGGGUGACCGAGAUGAUGUCCUCACUGCUCAAAGACCUCGCUGAGAUUGGCAUCGCUGUAGGCAGCAAUGACAUCAAGCAACAUGAAGGCGGCAGCGGCAUGAUAGACGAAGAGUUCACAGUAGCCCGUCUCUACAUCAGUAAAUUGAAGUCAGAGGUGAAGACGAUGGUGAAACGCUGCAAGCAGCUGGAGAGCACCCAGUCUGAGAGCAACAAGAAGAUGGACGAGAAUGAGAAGGAGCUGGCUGCCUGCCAGCUGCGCAUCUCUCAGCAUGAGGCUAAAAUCAAGUCCCUGACUGAGUACCUGCAGAAUGUGGAGCAGAAGAAGAGGCAGCUGGAGGAGAACGUCGACUCCCUCAAUGAGGAACUUGUCAAGCUCAGUGCACAGGAGAAAGUCCACGCAAUGGAGAAGGAGAACGAGAUCCAGACUGCCAAUGAAGUCAAGGAGGCAGUGGAGAAGCAGAUCCACUCCCACCGUGAAGCUCAUCAGAAGCAGAUCAGCAGCCUGAGAGAUGAGCUGGACAACAAAGAGAAACUCAUCACUGAGCUGCAAGAUCUGAACCAGAAGAUCAUGUUGGAGCAGGAGAGGCUCAGAGUGGAACAUGAGAAACUCAAAUCGACCGACCAGGAGAAGAGCCGCAAGCUGCAUGAGCUUACGGUGAUGCAGGACAGAAGAGAGCAGGCAAGACAAGACCUGAAGGGCCUGGAGGAGACUGUGGCCAAGGAGCUGCAGACUCUCCACAACUUGAGAAAACUUUUUGUCCAGGACUUAGCUACCAGAGUGAAGAAGAGCGCUGAGAUGGACUCAGACGACACAGGUGGGAGUGCAGCUCAGAAACAGAAAAUUUCCUUUCUUGAGAACAAUCUUGAGCAGCUCACCAAGGUUCACAAACAGCUGGUGCGUGAUAAUGCAGACCUGCGCUGUGAGCUUCCUAAACUGGAAAAGCGCCUUCGUGCUACGGCUGAGCGGGUCAAGGCCCUGGAAUCUGCUCUGAAGGAGGCCAAGGAGAACGCCGCCCGCGACCGCAAACGCUACCAGCAGGAGGUGGACCGCAUCAAGGAGGCCGUAAGGGCCAAGAACAUGGCUAGGAGGGGACACUCUGCCCAGAUCGCCAAGCCCAUCAGGCCCGGGCAGCAGCCAGUGGCAUCUCCCACACACCCCAACAUUAACCGCAGUGGAGGAGGCUUCUACCAGAACAGCCAGACGGUGUCCAUCAGGGGAGGAGGCACGGCCAAGCCAGACAAGAACUGAAGAAGCAGAAUCGAAGGACGACACCACUGAAGAAGCCAAUAUCUCCCCCGCCCACCCCGACAACUUGUCAUUCCAUAACAGCAAACAGGCUCCUCGUCGCCGCUUUGGAGCCACGAAGGAGUUUCUGAAUUAUAAAUAUAUAUAUAUAAAUAUUCCUGGCCUGUACAGCUCCAACUCCCUCACCUCCACCCACUCUCCCCACACCCCUCCUCUUCUCAUCAUGACUUUAAUCUUUUUCUCCUACUGGAUAUAAUAAUGAAAAAAAAAGACAUGAAAUUUAAUUUACAAAAGGCAAGAUAAUAUUCUUAUCCACCGAACCAAACGCAGUCUUGAGCGCAGGCUCGGCGAGCGAAACCGCGCGCACCUCAAAAUGUGUUGCUUCGGUUUUUUGUUUUGCACAGUCUGUCGUCAUCCGUCGUCGUCGUGCGAGUAGUUCUGCACUGUGCCAAGCUGAAUGUAACGGUAGAAAGAUCCGAAAAAAAUAAAACACACACAACUUUUAAAAAAAGACCAAAAAAAAAAAAAAAAAAGAAAAGGACACCCCUACCACGAGAAAUAGCUUGAUCCUAUAGGCUAACCUCUGUACAUUUCCUCAUUACUAUUAUUGGUUGUUAACCACACUUUCUCUGGAUAGAUUUUACAUGCUUCUUAAAAGAAAAAAACAACAAAAAAAUUUAAAAACUGUACGGUUUUGAAUUGACUAGAUGGCGUUGAGCACUACUGUUCUGUCCUGGUAUUGUACAGAUGUAAAAUUGGCACUACUGCACAUGAUUCUCUACAGAAAGAGACCGAUAUAAGGAAAGAGGGGAACGGCUGAACAGAAGGAUUAAAAAUGAGAAGCCAAGACGUGCGACAGUGUACUGUAGAUGUAUUUAACUAAAUACCUGUGGAGGCCAAUUGUUUUUAUCAUUAAGUUAAAUAAAACCUAUACUCGUUUAUUGGUGACUUCAUGAGAAGGAUAUAAAGAAUGUAGAAAGGAAGAGAAUGAUCCCGUUAACACAACAAACUUCCACUUUUUUUAGCACAGCCCAUGCUACGUAGCUAAUGUACUGUUUUUACUUCGCUUGAUGGUUGAUAAUGCUGUGUUAAUGGACGCUAUUUAUAUCUGUCUGCACAUUGGAGCACAUAGACUGAGAUAGCACACACAAUGCUCGUCCUGUCCUAGCUGGGUUGCUGUCACUCACUUAUCUCCAGGAGCUGUCUAGGUUGUUAAAAGGUUCCUGAUUAGCUGUUCGAUCCCUGUCGUACCAUGAUUUCAAGGGUGCCUCGCUUUGAUUUUUGUUUCUCGUCUUCCCUCUCACACCCUUUUUGUUGUUUCUUUUAGAUUUAGGACCUCACUGUGAUUAUACGUGCCCCCUCUUUGGUUGUAAAUUUGCAGAAAAGUGAUGUAUUUUUUGCUGGGUUUUAUGUACUGUAUCUCUCAUUGUUCCGUAUAUGGUGUAGAUGCAUAUUUUGAAGGGGAAGCUGCAGGCUGGGGGGUGUCAGUCAAUGGGUUGGACCCUUUGCUGCUGAUCGACCAAUCAGGAGAGCAGGGUCUAAAAUUGCACAACAAUCUUCUGUCAUCAUCUGGAGGAAGUGUUUAUUUAGCUAAAUCUAGUCACGGGUUUAGGAUUUAUUUUGUGUUAUGUUGUCUCGCUUGUAUUUCUAGUGUCUUUUUUUUUUUUUUUUUUUUUUUUUUAAUUUCCCACAACAGGUUGUUUUUUGUUUGUUUUAACCCUGUGAUGAAGCCCCGGUGCAUUGGCAAAGAGCUUGUUGUGAUUGUAACCCCAGCGUGAGAACACUAACAUCAAGUGCAAGUGCAAUAUACUGUAAAAUACACUGUAUAUCAAGUCGACAGGCAGGUGUGAUCAGGGUGUGCUGAAGCAGUGAUGUUGCUGUAAAGGAGUUGAAGUUCUGCCCUCAUUUGUAGCAGGUGUUCUGCUAAUUGACGGUUUUUCCUUUCAUUGCAUUUCCAGAAAAGCUGAACCAAAGACUAAGAAAAAAGACUGGAUUGGAAACUCCACGCUAGGGCUGAGUCAUGGACCAAAAAUCAUUUCUGAUAUGUUUUAGCUGAAUCGCACAUUUAGUGUCUUCAUAUAUUUUAGAUGCGUCAUCCUGAAUGCACACUGAAGUCAGAAUUCCAACUUGAAAACUUUGAAUAGAUUAUGAGGUGGUUAAUAAGCAUGUUACUGUAAGUGGUUCUUAUUGUAAACAAUCUUUUUAAUGAGCAUCAGAUUCUUCUUCUAUUUUAUCCUUUAUCCUGUUUGAAAAUAUAUUGAUACAUCUUAAAGACUGGAUGUAUUUUCCAGCCCUACUCCAUGUCAAACUUCUUUGCUUCCCAGUUCUUUUCUCUUGGUUUGAAUUGGAAGUUUCAGCUUUUUAGAAAUGCAACAUGAAAAAAACUUUCUAGUCCUAAAUCCAUUUUUUUGGCUCUGAUCAGCAGAACAAAUGUAGCUCCAAAAGUGGGGGCAGGAAUUGGCUCUUUAUUUUGAAGGAUGCCAUACUAACACCCGUCAUCUUGCAACAGAAACACGUCUUCACAAGCCUGCACUCAUAAAAACACUCCAUUUGUGGCUGUUUCUGACCGGAGGAAAACACGUUUCCAAAGCCAUGUAAAUCAAACUGUUUGUUGAUGCAUAAGUUAAGUAAUCAUCAUCACUUCUACAAGCAGCAGGGAGGAGAAGCUCCCUCGUAUCUAUGACAGGACAGUGUUAGGUGUCUAUCAAGAUGGUUUAUUCCCUCUGUGUAAUCUAGAUCAGCUAAAAUUUUACAGCAUGGACCUCAAAAUGUUCAUCUUUGACCUUCCACCAAAACUGGACAAGAAACAGGGGAAGAAACUAGUUGAUUUAAAAACGGCAAAGAAUAUUUGUGGUGAUUAUCGAAAUUGAAUUCUGAUUAAUUCUAAAUUAAAACAAAGUGUAGCCACGUUUUUAUUACUGUGUAAUAGUUGGUCAAUUUUAAACAGGCAGUUUUGAGGAUCCAACAGUGGACAAGGUACUGGAUCAUUCCUGGAGAACUGGGGCACAAUGAGAAGGGCUCUGUUAAGGACGGAGAUGGAAAGUUCAUGAGAUCACAGUUUUGGAUUGAUUGCAUGAUGUAAAUGUAUGUGUGAUUAAAUAAUUAUGAGAAAG